AUGUUACGCUUUUUGUUAGUUACAUCUCUUAUAUUGUUUGUGCCUGCGCAGGCAGCAAAGCUGAGCGAAUGCGCGCAGUUUGAGCCCACUGUGCUGGUGCACGGUGGUGCGGGUAAUAUAGCAGAUGCCAAAGUGCCUUUUGCCAAGCUAGGCGUCAAGCACGCCGCUAGGCGUGGCUAUGAGGCACUGCAGCAAACAGGCAGCGUGCUGGAUGCCGUGGAACAGGCAGUGAAUGCUUUAGAAGAAGAUGGCAACUUUAAUGCUGGCUAUGGCGCUGUGCUCAAUUGGGAUGGUGAUGUGGAAAUGGAUGCAGCUAUAAUGCAUGGCGGCAAUCUUUCCGCAGGCUGUGUAUCGCUAGCACGCGACAUUGUGCAUCCCAUAAGCCUGGCCAGAUGCAUUAUGGAGACUACACGUCAUCAGUACAUAGCAGGUGAAGGUGCUAUGCAUAUAGCGCAACAACAAGGCUUCGAUAUACUAAGCAAAGGUGCGCUGGUUACUGAGGCAGCCAAGAAGUCAUUGGCGGACUUUAAGGCAAGCUUAAAUGGCUCGCGUGCGGAUAUGCUGUAUGGCUCGCCAGGCACAGUGGGCGCUGUGGCACUGGAUGCAUGUGGCAAUGUAGCGGCUGCCACUUCAACGGGUGGCAUUACGGGCAAGCUGCCUGGACGCAUAGGCGACUCACCGCUAUUGGGCGCUGGCACUUAUGCUGACAAUGAAACAGGCGCUGUGUCUGCCACAGGACAUGGCGAGACUAUAAUGCGUUUUAAUGUCGUCUCCCGCAUGCUGGCCUUGGUGCAACAUGGCAACUGUAGCAUGCAACAGGCAGCGCAGCAAGUGCUGCAGCAGAUGAGCGCACGCUUUGAGCAGACGGCUGGCAUUAUAGGCAUUGAUCACUUUGGACAGUUGGGCAUUUACUUUACAUCCAAGCGCAUGUCCUGGGCCUAUCAACGCGGCGAGGAACUACACUUUGGCGUUGAUAAAGACGAAGAUGAAGUAGAAAUAGUGGGCGAGCCACGCGUGGCCAACAAUUAGAAUAAUUGCAAUUGCUUACAUAACCAUUUACUUAAAAUUUAUAAAAGUACUGAGCGCAGUCAGCUUGCUUA